CUCAGGGUCGGGGCUCCUCCCAGAUGGGAUAAGCCGCCAAGAUGUUUAGCUUUGAAGGGGAUUUCAAAACGAGGCCCAAGGUGUCCCUCGGAGGCGCGAGUAAGAAGAAACUGCAAGGAUGCCGAAGGCGGACCGCCUUUUAAACUUAGGAAGAAAAGGCUUCUCUUUUACAUCGUACUCAGGAAGAAAGAAGAAAGAGAGAGGAAGAAAGGCGAAGAUUGAAAAAUGCAAUAAUUAUCCAGUCGUUUAUUCGAGGCUAUAGAGAUAGAAGACAGCAAUAUUCCAUCCAAAGAAGUUCAUUUGAUCGCUGCGCUAACUUGUCACAGUCUGGUGGCACUUUUUCCCUUGCUAACGGUCCCAACCUUACCCUUUUGGUGAGGCAGCUUCUGUUUUUUUACAAACAGAACGAAGACUCAAAACGUUUGAUAUGGCUGUAUCAGAACUUAAUUAAACACAGCUCUCUGUUUGUCCAGCAGUUGGAUGGGUCUGAGAGACUGACAUGCUUAUUUCAAAUUAAGAGGUUGAUGAGCCUCUGUUGCAGGUUACUGCAAAACUGUAAUGAUGACAGUUUGAAUGUUGCACUUCCAAUGAGAAUGCUUGAGGUGUUUUCAUCUGAGAACACUUACUUGCCAGUUUUACAAGAUGCUAGCUAUGUGGUGUCAGUAAUUGAACAAGUUUUGCACUACAUGAUUCAACAUGGGUAUUAUAGAUCUCUCUAUUUGUUAAUUAACAGCAAGCUUCCAUCAAGUAUUGAAUAUUCUGAUUUAUCUCGAGUACCUGUAGCAAAAAUUCUGCUAGAGAAUGUUCUAAAACCAUUGCACUUUACUUACAACUCAUGUCCAGAAGGUGCAAGGCAACAGGUUUUUAUGGCCUUCACAGAGGAGUUUCUGGCAGCACCUUUUACAGAUCAGAUCUUUCAUUUCAUCAUUCCGGCAUUAGCAGAUGCACAGACUGCCUUCCCUUACGAGCCCUUUCUGAAUGCACUGUUGUUAAGAGAGCAUAGAUGUUCCAAAGCGAGUGCCGGAGCACCAGGGCUUCUCUACUUUGUUUUAACUGUUGGUGAAAAUUAUUUGGGGACCCUCUCUGAGGAAGGACUGCUAGUGUAUUUAAGAGUGCUCCAGACCUUCCUUUCUCAGUUACCGGUUUCACCUGCCAACACAAGCUGUCAAGACUCAGCCAGUGACUCUGAAGAUGAGAGUGAAGAGACAGACAAGCAGAUGGGCACUCCAGAAGAUGGUAGACUGUCAAUACCCUACAUAACAGAGGAAUGUCUGAAAAAGUUGGAUACAAAACAGCAGACCAACACCCUGUUAAACCUGGUCUGGAGGGACUCGGCCAGCGAGGAGGCCUUUACUCUGAUGGCAUCCAUCUGCCACACGCUAAUGGUGCAGCAUCGGAUGAUGGUGCCAAAAGUCAGGCUUCUCUACAGUUUAGCCUUUAAUGCCAGGUUUCUGAGACAUCUUUGGUUUCUUAUAUCUUCUAUGACAACACGGAUGAUCACAGGGUCUAUGGUACCAUUGCUUCAGGUGAUAUCAAGGGGUUCUCCUAUGUCUUUUGAAGAUUCCAGUCGAAUCAUCCCCCUCUUUUACCUUUUUAGCUCCUUGUUUAGUCAUUCACUAAUUUCCAUACAUGAUAAUGAAUUCUUCGGUGACCCCAUAGAAGUUGUAGGUCAAAGACAAUCAUCAAUGAUGCCUUUUACUUUAGAAGAACUAAUAAUGUUGUCUCGAUGCCUCCGAGAUGCGUGCUUAGGGAUCAUCAAGUUGGCUUAUCCGGAAACAAAACCAGAAGUUCGAGAAGAAUAUAUUAUAGCAUUUCAAAGUAUUGGAGUUACUACUAAUUCUGAAAUGCAACAGUGUAUACAGAUGGAACAAAAACGAUGGAUUCAGUUAUUUAAGGUCAUCACCAAUCUAGUGAAAAUGUUGAAGUCCAGAGACACAAGGAGAAAUUUUUGUCCUCCAAAUCACUGGCUGUCAGAACAAGAAGAUAUUAAAGCAGAUAAGGUCACCCAGCUCUACGUACCAGCUUCCAGACCCGCGUGGAGGCUCCGGCGCAUGGGCAGGAUCGGCCCUCUGCAGUCCACUCUGGACGUGGGUUUGGAGUCCCCACCUCUGUCAGUGUCGGAGGAGAGACAACUCGCCAUCCUGACAGAGCUGCCCUUUGUGGUUCCAUUUGAGGAACGAGUAAAGAUCUUUCAAAGGUUGAUUUAUGCAGAUAAGCAAGAAGUUCAAGGAGAUGGUCCAUUUCUGGAUGGAAUUAAUGUUACAAUAAGAAGAAAUUAUAUUUAUGAAGAUGCUUAUGACAAACUUUCCCCAGAAAAUGAGCCUGAUUUGAAAAAGCGGAUCCGCGUGCACUUACUCAAUGCACAUGGCCUGGAUGAAGCUGGCAUUGACGGGGGUGGUAUUUUCAGAGAGUUUCUAAAUGAACUACUGAAGUCAGGAUUUAACCCCAACCAGGGGUUCUUUAAGACUACUAAUGAAGGGCUUCUGUACCCCAACCCAGCUGCUCAGAUGCUUGUGGGAGAUUCCUUUGCCAGACAUUACUACUUCCUGGGCAGAAUGCUUGGAAAGGCUCUCUAUGAAAAUAUGCUGGUGGAAUUGCCCUUUGCCGGCUUUUUUCUGUCCAAGUUGCUUGGAACCAGUGCAGAUGUGGACAUUCAUCAUCUCGCUUCGUUAGAUCCUGAAGUGUAUAAGAAUCUGCUUUUUCUCAAGAGCUAUGAAGGUGACGUGGAGGAGCUCGGGCUCAACUUCACUGUGGUGAACAAUGACCUCGGAGAAGCCCAGGUGGUUGAACUAAAAUUUGGUGGAAAAGAUAUCCCUGUCACCAGUGCAAAUCGGAUUGCGUACAUCCACCUCGUAGCCGACUACAGGCUGAACAGGCAGAUCCGCCAGCACUGCCUGGCUUUCAGGCAGGGCCUGGCCAACGUGGUGAACCUGGAGUGGCUGCGCAUGUUUGAUCAGCAGGAAAUUCAGGUAUUAAUUUCUGGUGCACAAGUUCCCAUAAGUCUAGAGGACCUAAAAUCCUUUACAAACUAUUCAGGAGGGUAUUCUGCCGACCACCCUGUCAUCAAAGUCUUCUGGAGAGUUGUGGAGGGGUUCACGGAUGAAGAAAAGCGCAAACUGCUGAAGUUUGUCACCAGCUGUUCCCGACCCCCUCUCUUGGGGUUUAAGGAGCUGUAUCCUGCGUUCUGCAUUCACAACGGAGGCUCCGACCUCGAGCGGCUCCCCACAGCCAGCACCUGCAUGAACCUGCUGAAGCUCCCUGAGUUUUAUGACGAGACACUUCUGCGAAGUAAACUGCUCUACGCUAUUGAAUGUGCUGCUGGCUUUGAGCUGAGCUGAGCUGAGACUGGACCUGACCUUCUGCAGAGGAACUCCCGGUGCUUCCGUCGUCAGCAGCAGCUGCCGGGCCGCGAGGAUGCUCACGCUGGACUCGCACAGCUCCCAAGUUCCCCGCUUUCCAUCAGCCCCCCCUCCGGGUUUCAGUGCUUUAUUCAGUCGUGGUCACUCACUUUGGUGGACGUUGCUUUUCAGAUAACUUAAAAUAACAAACCUUAUGUGCCACGUGGCUAAUUUAGUAAUUUGCCAAGAAGAGCACAGUUUUAAGACUAGUGGCAACUCAGUGAAAUUAACCAAAGAUGAAGCUUUGGCUUUGCUGGUGGGUUCGGGCCCUUCUCAAGCUGGCGGGGCUCCUGGGAGAGGCAGCGUGCUGCUCGUGGGUUCAGCCUGGCGCAGUCUGCACACAGGGUCCAAGGGUGCAGAGCCUGCUCUCAGGGCCCCUGCUUCUCGUGCGGUUGAAUUGUUUACAGGCCUCCUUGUUAAAACGAAAGGCAUUUGUUUUUCCUGCUGCCUUUGCCCAAAGUGGUUAGGUUUGGAAAAUAGAUAACAAUGAUAAUAUUUUAUUUGUGCUUUUUAAGCCAUUUCCCCAUAUGGGACUAGCAUGCUUAUUUUCGAUAUACCAUUGACCUGCAUCAUGAUGGUUUGGAUAUUACUGUGUGUGGAUGUGUGUGAGGUGGGUCCUUGCUUCUUUCUCCAUUUCUGUCUCCUCUUUGUGCCUGGAGAGCUUUCGGGGGAGGCUGCAGGUCUCCGUCCAGGCCCCGUGGCAUGUGUGACCUAUGGUGACUGAUGGCUUAGGGGGACAGACCCUGCAGCAUCCAGUCGAGUCACUUGAACCAAAGUGGCGGGCUGCUCCUCUGCACUGCAGCCCGCUGUGGCCGGCCCUUGCAGGCCGCAUGCCCUGCCCACCCCCGGGCGGCGGCAGCCAGUCUUCCUAGAGAUUUGGGGUAACUCGCCACGCUUCUGCACCCUCUGCUUCCUCAAUGGUGCUGCUUUGAAGGGAGACAGGACAGUACCCAAACGCUUGUCCAGGGAGGAGUGUUGGUAAUUCUGUCAGAAUAAGGCACUUUAGCAGGACCUGACUCGUUGCUGGGCGAUUUCAGUUUCUGAACACGGGGAGCGUUUCAGAGCCUCGGCCAUGGGAGCGGUGGCCCUGUGCCGAGGCGCAGAGCAGUCGGGUCCUGCCCUGCCUCCUCACGUCCAGUGUCGCACUGUCACUGGCGCGCUGUGGGCUGUCCUGUUGAGUUGACCAGAAUUAGCAAUAUACUUUUAAAUGCGGGGAAACUGAAUGACACUUUUAAGACAAUGACCAUUAUCAAAACAAAAUGUAUAAUUUCUUAAUUUGAAUAAUAAAUUAAGUGUUUAAAUGCUCUUUGUAGUCUUGAUAUACAGAAAUAAAAUAAUUAGGGUUCGUCCUUUGUUUUAUUUUUAUUUUAGGUGGUUUUAUGUUGAAUGUUCUCUAUCUUCUUUACUUUUUAGUUAAUUUGUAUAUUUUAUUAGCAUUAUUUUGGAAAUGGAAUAUCUGAGACUAAAGAGAAAUGGGCAGUUACACUUACUUGGUUUUCUUUCGAGCUUAUUUAUUUAUUUGUGUGUUCUAAUGGCUAAAUAUUUGCAUUAAAUUUUUUUCCCAA